AUGGCCUCAGCAGCUGUCCAAGACCAGCUGGGGCAAGUCCUAAUCGACUUCUCGACCAACGGUGCAUUCCCAGAGGAGGAGAGCGUGUCUGCAGCUUAUAACAUUCAGACAGAGAUCCGCCAAAUCAGCCGUGACUCCGCUCUCGAUGUUGACACCUGGAUCGAGCAUGCGAAAUCCAUUCAAGAUGAUAUCGAUCGAUCAAGGAAGCUGGCGAGCUCCAUUGUCCGGCAGGCAGAGUUAGACGAUGAGACAGAGGAGAGCUUGCAGGAGAAAGAGAACUAUGUCGAGUUCUUGACGAAGGAGGUGGUGUUCAAUGGCCAGCUUCUCUCGGCAUUGAAGGGCAUACAGGACGUCAAGGAGAUUCUGCGGCAGGCAGAGGAUCUCGCAGAAGAGCAAAAGAUUGUUGAAGCUCUUUUCAAGCUUGAAGCUGCUUGGAUAGCCAUAUCUGAUCUGCCUCUGGAAAAGACAGUACGGGCUGUGCGGAUACUGGACGCCAAAUGCUUCGACCAACGCCGCUAUAUACACGAUAAGUUUACAAAAGUUUGGAACGGACUCAUACGAGUCGACUUCGAUCAACGGAGUGUCACAAUCAAUAAGGAUUUACCGGACCAAGGUACGAAUCUAGACCAAGCCGUCAUAGGGCUGAAAGCGUUCAAAGAGCUCGAGACGGCUGCGAAUAAGCUUUGGAUGGAUUUGGAUGAGAUAAUAAUCAAGCCUCGAACGAAUCUACCACUUGACGGUAGACAAGGAUCGUUGUAUACUAUUCAGAUCCAGCAGAAUCGUAUUUCACGUGGUGGUGGAACUACGGACCACCACAUCAAAUCCGUUUUCAAUGAUAUCGAAGCUAUCGUUCGCUUCCUCGUCGACAAUCUUCCAUUCGAAUUUAUCGAACCAUUAUCGAAAGCUAUGAUGCCGACUUUGGUCAGACGCAUCCUUGAUAUGUGGCUCGACACCGCCGUUCCCGCUACUCUCGAGGAUAUGGUUGAUUACCAAAAGGUCUUGGCACAAGUCCAUGAAUUUGCCGAUAAUUUGGACAAACUCAAAUGGCCUGGAGUCGAAGGUCUCCAUGACUGGGUGGCCAAUGCACCCAAGAUUUGGUUGUCCAAGAAGAGAGAGACUGCAUUGGAUUGGACGAGGAAUCAAUUCUCCUUGGGGCUUGGAAUGCCUCAACUCGCCGAACGCAUCGAGAAACGAAUGGUGGCCCGCGAAGACAGAGAAAAUAUCAUCACUACAGGGACGGCCGUCACGCAAGACUGGGAUGCGGCAUGGGAAAGCGACAGCGAAACCAAAGAGGACCACUCCGAAGGGAGUUGUCGAAAUCGAAGCUCUCUUGAAGAGGAACGACAAGUCAACCAAGUUUUCGCUCCGCCCCCAGACGAAGUAGAUGACGCUGCGGAUGCUUGGGGAUGGGGAGACGACGAUGCCGCGGAACCUGCUGAAUCAGAACCUGAACCGGCCUAUGUAGCUGUGGACCAGAAACCACCCCUAGUUGCAAAACGUCUGGCGCCCGAAGUCCGAGAGAUGACCAUAUCAGAGAAAUACUGGACCACGUCUUUACCACAGCCUGUGUACAAAACUGUCACAACAAUUUAUGAAGAGGGUGCUAAGCUGACUCAACCCGAAUGCAAUCACACUCCCAUAGCGCCUGCAGCUCCUGGCCUUUUCAGUCUUCCUACUCUCAUCCUUGCCAUGUAUCGCUCGGUAUCGCCGCUCUAUUAUACUGAUGAGCCUGGUGGAAAUAUGUACCUGUACAACGAUGCUGUCUGGCUUUCUGAGGAGCUUAAACAGUUUGCUUUGGAGUGGAAAAAUCGAGAUGACUUGCAACCGCGUGCCUAUGGCAUGGUCAGAUUGGAUCCCGAGAUCAAGAUACUGGAAAGUUUUGGCAAGCGAGCUUACACCAGCGAGUUGAAUGCACAGCGAACUAUUAUUAAUGAUCUUCUAGCUGGUGCACAAAACUUCUUCCAACAAGGUGAUGAAGCCGACCAAAGCAUCAGCGAUGUCUCAUCGCAUAUCCGCAGUCAAGCCGCCCUGUGGGAGAAGAUCCUACCCUACUCAGCCUGGGCAUCAGCAAUUGGCUCCCUCGUCAACGCCGUCGCCACAAAGCUCAUAAGUGACGUCUUCGAUCUCAGCGAUAUGUCUGUCGACGAAGCCGAACGAGCAGCGACCCUGAUCUCCCGUAUCAAGCUUCUUGACGACCUCUUUAUCCCGAAAAACGAAAACAGCCAACCCUCUGAGGACGAGACACCACUCACAUCCCAGUUCGCAGACAAGUGGAUGAAGAUGAAGUUCCUGAGCGAGGUGCUGCAGAGUAAUCUGAAGGAUGUCAAGUUCUUGUGGUUUGAGAGCCAUCUAAGCUUUUAUUUCACGGCGGAAGAGGUGGUUGAUCUGAUUAAUUUGAGCUUUGAGAGUAACGCAGGAGUGCGGGCGGCUAUUAGGGAGAUUCGGGACAACCCACUGCCGAGAGAUGGGCAGGCUUGA